UCUAAACAUCCCUUUUUAGAGAGCACCUUUGACCACAGAUUAUUUCCAUAAAAUCUCUUACUCUCCCCUACUCUAAGAAUUCACGCACUGUUCUUUGGAUUUGAGAGUACCAGAUUCACCUACAUGGUUGUUCCAGUGUGGAUUUGGGUGUGAGUAGACCUACCGUGAUUUUGAUACUAUAAUAUCAGCUGUGGUUUAAAUAUUAUUUUUACGGACUUCUCCCUUUUUUGCAACAAGUACUCACGAAUUACGUCUUAACAGUGGCACAUCUUAACAGGAUUUUCGGAUUCCAUUUUUCCCUGUUGCACAAAAUUUCGGGAAAACCAAUCGUUUAGCAAUGAAUUUAAUGAGCAUAUUUCAGUUUUACUGCUUUUCAUGGCUUCUCUUUUGUGGACGUAGCGAAACACUUCAAGGCAACGUGACCAGAAUAAUAUCGUCAGAAAAUCAUCUACCCCUUUGUGUGGACAAUCUGCUAGAGCAACAAAAAUGCGACUAUCCUAAAUUGGGAAAAUGUUUCUCGGACAUUCGUCUGUCGAGUUCAAAAAUCUAUCAGCAGAAUUCAUGCAAGCUACUGCAAUACAACUCUAAACACGUAGUACUUUGUCUAGAUGCCAUCAAUAACGAGAAGUGCUACCGAAAUGAUUGCAAAAUUAAGAAACAAAAAACUUACAGAAAUUUUUCAAACAAACUGCAUUUUGUUUUUAUGGGAGACUCGAGAAUUCGCCAGCAGUUUUUUAAUUUUUUGAAGCUGAUUCCCGAUUACGAUAUGAAAACGAAACCAAACCCAAUGCCAGAUUUUAUUCAUGAGGAUGUGGAUUUCAUCAGUGACAUCCUUGGAAUACGGGUUUCAUUCUAUUGGCGCCCUCUUAUCACAAAUAACCUGACAGACACUUUGAGACUUUGGGUUUCACCAAAUGAAACUACACGGCCAUUUAUGAUUGUCCUGAGUAUGGAAUUACAUCACAUGCUAAAAAAUAAUGGUGGCGGCUAUCAGCUAUACCUAAACAAAUUAAAGGAACUAAGCUCAAUAUUGGGUCAAUUUGGUAACAUUAGCCAGAUUAUAUGGUUGCACCAAUACCCGACAAUUGAUCCCAAACAUAACGAAAUAUAUUCCGAAAAAAUAUACCGCUACAACGAGGAUAUUCGACAAAUAUUAAAGAUUUAUAGCGGUAUCCGCAUUUGGGAUUCAAGCAACCGUUUCGCCGUUGAAUACAUUCGCGGUUGUGCUGUAUAUUCCCAACGUGAAUCUCUAGGAGAUUUUUCUCUUCAGUACAUGACUUGUAGAGAUUUUAUACAUACAGGUUAUACAGCUCUAUCUUUUGCAACUCAACUUCUGUAUAAUGAUUUUUGCAACAAAAAACUGUACAAUAACAUAAGGAGCUCAACUUAAUACUUUGUAAAAAAAAACAAUGUUGGCAGUAUAAAAUUUCAAUAAAUAUUUCUCA